AUGUCUCCCAAUCCGUGUGCUUGGCAUUAUUUGGCUCCGUUUGUCGACAUGGCACCUGUUCGAGACGACGACUGGUCGGAUUCUGACGAGGAGAAUUUGGCCGAAGUAGAGACUAGCGUAUUACUGGGUGUCCCGGACGGGCCUGUUGACAUCGACAGCGAUCUCAACGAUGUGGCUGUUUCUCGUAUCGGAGGACAUCCUGCUUUCUUGACCGCUACCGAGCCACCGUUUUCCUCUUCCGAAUGCAAAGUCUGCGGUAACCCUAUGGAGUUGUUGGUCCAGAUGUGGUGCCCGUUUGAAGAUAGCCCUAUGGAUCGUGCACUUUAUAUUUGGGGCUGUCCUCGGGUCGGGUGUCAGGGCCAGGAGGGAACGGUACGCGCAUGGAGAGCCCUUCGCUUCAACGAAAAAUACGCCGCCAAACUCCAAAAGAAGCUUGAACGGCAAAAGGCGAAAGCACAGACGAAAGUGGAAUCGCAAGUUGCGAAAGCAAACCCAUUUGCAUCCAAGGGCAACGCCAUCUCGGCACCUAACCCUUUCGGUUUGGGUGCUCAGAUCUUUGGGCAGGCCUCACCUCCACCGUUCCAAAGUGAUGUCACUGACGGGAAUGCGGACGAAGGCGACAGUGGUUCAGAGUCUGACGAGGACGAUGAUUCCGCUUCAGAAAAGUCGCUUUUGACGGCCAUCUCGACCGUCUCCAUCGCGGAUUCUGCUUGGAAAUCCUCACCGGCCUACCCUCCCCUCUAUCUGUCAACCAUAUCCGAAUACCUACCCGCUCAGGCGAAACCCAAAGUUCCAUCGACAGCCGAGGUCGUCGACCCUGCAGGCAAGGAUGGCUCGUGGCUUUCAGAAGCUUACGAGAAUUCUAUGAACACCGAUCAAGCUUUCGACCGUUUUUCUCAAAGAGUGGAAGCUGAACCUGAACAGUGUGUUCGAUAUGAAUUGCAUGGAACCCCCCUACCCUUCUCUUCUUCGGACGCAGUCUUCAAGAAACUUUUCGCCGCUCCCGAUGGGCCGCCACCUGCGGUGACAAAAGCAGCUUUCACCGUAGUACAUCCUCAAAAGCGGACGUUCGACCCUGCGGCUGUUCCUCCGUGCCCUGUUUGCCGCUCCAAGCGCGUGUUCGAAUGCCAGUUGAUGCCCAAUUUGAUCAACGUCCUGCGGCCCAAGGAAUCCGAGCCACGAAAACAGACGGAUGAAGAACGACGGAAGGCUGUGGAAGAAGCUUUGAAGAGAGGAAAUAAAGACCAACGGGGGUCAAUGGAGUGGGGCACAUGCAUGGUAUUUUCAUGCGAAAAGGACUGCUGUUUCGACGAUGAAACGAAAGAAGAGUCCAAAUUUACUUGGAGGGAAGAAGUUGUUUUGAUCCAAUGGGAUUCCUAA